AUGGAAGACGAUUUUAUUAACGAACCGGUUUUAGCCGAUGAUGACGAUGAAGAGCAAUCAUACGAACACACGAAAACGUCGAAACAUGAGAAACUCAUCGAUUCUAUCGUUCAUUUGGGUGGUAAAAAGAAGAAAGUCACCCUACGGACAGAACCGAUCAGCAAUCCGACAAAUCUUCUUGCAUCGGCACAGACAUCAAAUGCAUCGAAGAAGAUCAAGAGCCAUCAACUGUUAUCAAGUUUAAAGAAAUCUUCGUCGUUGCAAGUGCAGACAUUGAAAAAACAAUUAGCUAAAGUUAAUAAACAUCAAGCUGUUCUUCAACAACCAUUGCAAAAGCCUCAAGCUGAUAAGGCUCAACGUAUUGCUGCCUACACUCAAGAAAAGAAAUCUUUAAAGAAAUGGGAUCCUGUCGUGGAAAAAUAUCGAACGGCAGAAACUUUGAAUUUUCCACUACAAAACGGUGGUGUUCAAUUUCAAACCACACAAGAAUUUGUGAGUAAACUCAAGCCGUUGAGCUCGCUGGAGAAAGAUAUUGCAGCGAUAUUACAAACAAGCAAUAAUAACAUUCAAUCGGAUUCAUUGCUCACGCAAGCAGAGAAGAAAAUCAUCAGUAAAAUGGACUUGCUUGAAGCAAAAGCAAAGUUAAAUGAAUUGAAGAAAAUGCGGGCGUUAAUAUCGUAUCAACAAUCGAAGUUCAAGCGAAUACGAAAGAUUAAAAGCAAAAAAUUUCGUCGUAUUGCCCGAAAAGAACGUCAGAAACAAGAAGAGAAAGAUCUGGAAAAGUUGGCUACUGAAAAUCCUGAUGAGUUUCUUGAACGUUUACAAAAACUUGAACGACAUCGUGUUGAAGAACGUUCAACUCUACGCCACAAAAAUUCAACCAAAUGGGCAAAAGAAAAACGAUUGUUAGCUAAGUUUAAUACAAAAGUCCGAGAAGAUGUCGAAGAACAGCUGAAGCUUGGUAAACAACUUAGUAAAAAACAAGCAGUAGCGAGCGAUGAUGACGAUGACGACGAUGAUGAUGAUGACGAUGAUGCAACAGCAACGACAAUAAAACCAACUGCAGAAAUAACAAAAAAGAAACCUAUCGAAAUUCCUUUGAUCCUUCCGCCAUCUCAAGUCGAAGCCGAAGCAAAUCCUUGGCUAACAACCACAAGUGCGGUUCUUCCAGCCUCCGAAUAUUCGAAGCCAAAUGAAAUGCGAAAUGAAGAAAGUUCGUCAUCUGAAAGCGAUGAUAAUGAUGAAGAAGAAGAAGAAGAGGAGGAGGAGGAAAGUAAUAAGGAUGAAGUCGUGCAGCCAGAAAAUAAAUCGAUAGAAAAGAAAGAAACAUAUGGUAUAACUCCAGCUAAAGCUGUCGAGCAUCUGAACAUGCCAGUGACUAAUAAACGAAUGGAAGUUGAAAACAAAGAACAAAAAGAAGAAAGUCAGCAACAUCGCAUGAAUAUUCAAGAAGCUUUUGCCGACGAUGACGUUCUUGCUGAAUUCGAAAAAGAAAAAACUGAUAUCGUUGACCGUGAUCGCCCGAAAGCGAUUGACUUAUCAUUACCUGGUUGGGGUGAGUGGGCUGGAGCCGGCGUACCUGUAAACAAACGCAAGAAACGAAAAUUUUUAAUUCCUCCGAAGCCUGCCCCGCCUCGCCGAGAUGUUCAUCUUCAACACGUGAUCAUCAACGAAAAUGCUGACAAGAAGAUUGCCGAACAUCGCGUCAGCGAUCUACCGUUUCCAUUCGUUAACGCUGAUCAAUUCGAGUCGCUAAUCCAACAACCAUUAGGGCGUGAAUGGAAUCCCGAAACAGCGUAUCGCCGUUUGAAUCAGCCGAAAGUACGAACACGUAUUGGCGUUCGUAUUGAACCAUUGAAUAAACAAGAUGUUUUUCUUAAACACAAUCGCUCCAAACAAGACCAAUCAGCAUUGAAUUUUGAUCUAGCGAAUAAUUCUCUUGAAGACAACUCAGCACCAACUGUUGAACAAGAUUCUCUAUUCGAUAAUGAUCAGAGUUCCAAGAAAAAAAUGAAAAGAAAAAGAAAAGCGACUUAA